AUGGAUGAAGUUUCUUUGAACACUGAGCCAACAGGCGAUGAUGAUGAUGAUGAAUUUGAGAUUAAAGGAGACUGUGCAAUGACAGAUUUUAUCAAUCAAAUUGGCAUUAUUCAAGGAGAGAACCUUCUCCCUGCUGCUGGUGGAAUGGAAUUUGAUUUUUAUGAGGAUGUGUAUUACUUCUACAAUUGCUAUGUCAAGCAACAAGGAUUUGGGGUUAGGGUGAGCAAUACUUGGUAUAGAAAGAGUAAGGAAAGAUACAGAGGAAACUAA